AUGGGAAGAUUGUUGAAGAGCAUCUCGCUCAAGUACAUGGAGAAUUUGCUCAUCCCUAUCUGCCUGAACAGUAGGACUCUCCGAGCUGAGUUUGACAAAAUCUUACUAACUGUUCAAAGGUCUGCCGCCUGGUUUCAACAAAUUGCACAGUGGAGGCUCGACGCAAAAUUCGAUGAUCUGAACAUAACUCCCCCUACCGCCCAAAGCACCUUCCAGGAAAUCGAGUCAAUGCUUAAGCACGGUGCGGACGUGAACGCGAUUGGAGAACAUGGCUCUGUGUUCGAACGAGCGUUUCUGGCUCGCAAUCAGAAGUUGCUACGCUAUCUCCUCGAGCGCGGCGCAAGGCCCGAGGUCCAAUCGGAUAUACGCGGCAGAACAAGUAUUGAGAUCGCCAUCGACUGGAGAGACUUUGAGCUCGCGAAACUGUUGGUCGAGCACUGUGCUCGUGCCAACCUUCUACUUCCCUGCGACUGUGUCGAUGCAUUUGCAAUGGCUUGUCGCACCAGCGACGUAACGAUGGCCAAGAUGCUCAUUGAUUACGGGAUGGUUGUCAACGCCCGUUUCCCUGGUGGACAUACACCUCUUCAAGUUGCCUGCUGGGAGGGAACUGCUGAGAUGGUCAAAGUCUUGGUGAAGGCUGGGGCGGAUGUGAACGCCCUUUUCUCUAAUAAAAAUACACCUCUUCAACACGCCUGCUGGCGACGAAACGUCGAGAUCGUGAAAGUCUUUGUGGAGGCUGGGGCUGAUGUGAAUGCCUUCUUCUCUAAUGGGCUUACACCACUCCAAUACGCCUGUCUGUGGCAACGUGCUGAGAUUGUGAAAGUCUUGGUGGAGGCGGGGGCGAAUGUCAAUGCGGACGUGCACCCUUACAAUGGUUUUACUGCCUUACAAACAGCUGUCAGCUGGUUCUCUCGGGAUAUUAUGCGAAUACUUCUCGACGCAGGAGCAGAUGUUACAGCUCCAGGCUCGAUUACUGGCGGCUCUGCUCUCAAGUUGGCGGCCGAAAAGUGCAACAUGGAUAUGAUGAAGCUCCUACUUCACCACUGCUAUCGGUCGAAGCAGGCCGCGUCCUUUCAAGCAAUCUGCAGUAAGGCAUCCAGAUACGCAGAGCAAUAUGGCCAUUCACGGAUGUCUAAGGCUCUACGCAGUCUCGCGGAGGGCGUUUUCGACCCUGAGCUGCUCCGCAGUGCUGGCAUGGACACUGCCUUCUGGCGCCAAUGUUUCCCCCCUAGGGUGGACUUGCAUCAGCAGCGAGCGCAGCCUUGA